CGUGGCCUAAAUUGAAUGGAGAUUCAAGGGAAUCAAACUAAUGAUAGUUACAACUCGUCGGCAGAGACUGGGAGCACUAGCGAGCCCGGGAGUUUCAAGGACGAAGAAAAAUGCUUGGAAAUCACGCUCGACGUCGGAGACGACUUGGCCCUGGUUCAGAACAGUAGAAAGCGCGACUCGGCCGAAUCCAAUCAGAUCGAUCAGAACAUGUCCGCCGACACCGCCCGAGUCUUCAAGGGACUCAAAUUCGUGAACGACAGGAAUGCCCUCUAUGGGCACGGAGGCUGGCCGGAGAUCGAGCAGCGUUUCAAACGAUUGGCCAAGUUUGGAAUCCUCUCCAAAUCAGAUUUUGCCCAGUGCAUAGGGGUGGGGAGGGAUUCGAGUGACUUCACAAACGAGCUGUUUGAUGCAUUGGCUCGGCCGAGAGAUAUAACGUCUGCUUCACUGCUCAAAGAUGAGUUACACGAAUUUUGGGAACAGAUCACAAAUCAGAGCUUAGAUGUUAGGCUGGAAACUUUCUUGGACAUGGUUGACAAAGAUGGAGACGGUCGAAUCACUAAAGAAGAGGUGAAAGAGAUCACAAUGUUAAGUGCUGGUGCAAACAAUUUGGCUAUGAGUGCUGAAAAAUGUGCAGCUCUUGUCAUGGAAGAGUUGGAUCCAGAUGGCCUUGGAUAUAUUGAGAUAAACGACUUGAAAAGAUUACUUCUUACAGGCCCAGCCAAACUAAGUAACAUUAAAAUGGACUUGAACAAUUUUGUCCUUAGAAAAUCGACAAGCAUGAAGGUCGGUAAAAAGGACUACAGCCCUAUUUAUAGGUGGCUCAAAUAUUUCGUAGAGGACAACUGGAGGCAGAUUUGGGUGGUAGGGCUUUGGCUUGCAAUCUGUACGUGCCUUUUUAUGUGGAAAUUUUUUCAGUACAAGAAUCAAGCUAUUUUCAAAGUUAUGGGCUAUUGUGUUACCACAGCCACAGGCACAGCCGAAACCCUCAAGUUCAACAUGGCCUUAAUUCUUCUACCAGUUUGUAGAAAUACCAUUACUUGGCUAAGGAGCAACACUAAGUUGGGAGUGGUGGUUCCCUUUGAUGACAAUAUCAAUUUUCACAAGGUCAUCGCUGCCGGGAUUACAAUUGGAGUUAGUGUACACGCAGGAGCACAUUUAAUAUGUGAUUUUCCAAGGUUACUCCGUGCUCCAACAGAGGAAUACAACCCAAUAAAGCCACUGUUUGGUGAAGCACGACCCAAUAAUUAUUGGUGGUUCUUAAAAAACAUAAAAGGGUGGACAGGAUUGGUCAUGGUAGUCCUAAUGGUUAUAGCUUUUACCUUAGCACAUCCUUUGUUUCGAAGAAACAGGUUAAACCAUCCUAGAACCCUAAGAAGACUUUCUGGGUUCAAUGCUUUUUGGUACUCUCACCACUUGUUUGUCAUCGUUUACGUCAUUUUUGUCAUUCAUGGUUCCCAUCUCUACCUCCCCAACAAGUGGUACAAUAAGACUACAUGGAUGUAUUUGGCCGUUCCAAUCCUUCUUUAUGUCUGUGAACGCAUGAUUCGUGCAUAUAGGUCUCACUACCAAAAAGUAGAAAUAUUAAAGGUUGGAGUUUAUCUUGGAAACGUUUUGGUUAUACAAAUCGAUAAACCACAUGGAUUCAAAUAUAUUAGUGGGCAAUAUAUAUAUAUAAAAUGUCCGAUUAUUUCCCCAUUUGAAUGGCAUCCAUUUUCACUUACUUCGGCUCCUGGGGAUGAUUACUUAAGCGUCCACAUUCGCACAUUGGGCGACUGGACAAUGCAACUCAAAUCUAUUUUCUCUAAGGUAUGUCAACCUACAUCUAUUAAUCAAGGUGGAAUUCUAAAAGUUGAUGUUGAGCAAGCCAAUCACAUACACAGGAUGCCUAUACUCCAAAUUGAUGGUCCAUACGGUGCAGCAUCACAAGAAUACAAAGAUUACGAGGUUGUGCUCCUCAUAGGCCUUGGCAUUGGUGCGACUCCUAUGAUAAGCAUUCUCAAAGAUGUUCUUUAUGAUGUGAAACAACAGAGAGAGAUGGAAGAUAGAAUGGUAGAAAAGAAUGGGGUUAAUAAGAGAAACAAGAGAAAGCUUAUUGCCCCCAAAAAAGCCUAUUUCUACUGGGUCAUUAGGGAGCAAGCCUCGUUCGAGUGGUUCUUGGGUGUAUUGAAUGAAGUUGCUGAGAACGAUAGUGAUGGGGUUAUUGAGAUCCACAGUUAUUGUACUUCUAUUUAUGAAGAAGGAGAUGCUCGCUCUGCUUGGAUCACUAUGCUUCAAUCUCUUAAUCAUGCUAAGAAGGGAGUUGAUAUUGUGUCAGGAACAAAUGUCAAGGCCCAUUUUGCCAGACCAAAUUGGGGGGAUGUCUUUGAAGGCUUGGCAACAAAUCACGUCGAUCAAAGAAUUGGUGUAUUUUAUUGUGGUGCACCUGUAUUGGGCUACGACAUAAAAAGGCUAUCCCAAGAGAUGUCACGGAAAUUUCCCACCAAAUUUGACUUCCACAAAGAAAACUAUUAGAAAAAAUCUACCCUUAUGAAGGGAAAUAAAUUAUGAAUAAUGUUUUUUAAAUUAAUGAAUAGUUCCAUAUUAUAAGUGUUAUACGAAUACACUUAUAAGCUUACAAGAAAAAUCAUUUUUCGGUUACAAGACUAAAUACUCUCAGCAACAAAUAACAAGAUACAAUUACAACUUCUUCCUAACAGCUUCCUAAAUCUUGACUACAACUCAGAUUACGAAUAUUAUAAAUAAGAGUAAAGCUUUACCUAAAGGGAUCACAAUUUUUGAGAGCCAAAAGAAAAUCUGAAACCUUUCAAGCUGUGGCGGUCCAAUUCUCUCCUUCAAUCCGAGGGUUCCACUCAUGUGAGAAAGAGUGGAAAAACAAGAGAUGUAAUCAAGAGGAAAACGAAAGAAAGACCCAGAAGACAGAGAGUGAGAUUUAGAGGUUUACGAGAUGAUUGAUUGUGGCUUGGAAACCUCCAUUGAUGUUGUAAAUCUGCUUCAAAUAGUGCAAAGAAGAGCUUCUUUUAAGGCGAGCUCAACGAUGGCGUAGCCCCUGAUUUGGGGGUGAACCUCGAUAGAUCUGAUGUUCUCCCUUCCAUUAUUCCUUCUCUGAUUUGUGUUUGUCAAAUGCCCUAACUUUUCUUUGCGUUUGAGUUGUUUGUGAUGUCGAAGAAUUUCUGAGAAACCAAGAAAACAAACAUAUAAAUUUAAUACUC